GUACAUACAAACCUAGGAUCCGCAAUGUGAUAAAAAGGACUGAAUGGACAAUGCAGUGCAAGUGGAAUCUCAACAAGCAAUGUGCAUUCCGAUACAUACAAAAUGGUGCUUUWWYAGCGCAGGGAAGACUUUAGAUACAAAUCGUUUGACCAAGGAAAACAUAAAGGAACCUUUGCAGGAGAUACGCAGGGCACUGCUCGAGGCAGAUGUCAGCCUUCCGGUGGUUCGCAGGUUCAUCAAAAGCGUAUCUGAGAAAGCUAUCGGGAGGGAUGUCAUCAGAGGCGUGCGGCCAGACCAACAGUUAGUAAAGGUUGUUAAUGAUGAGCUUAUAGCAUUGAUGGGGGGCGAGCUGUCUCCAGUGGAGUUCGCACCGUCAGGACCGACCGUCAUUUUGCUGGCAGGUCUACAAGGAGUUGGCAAAACCACAGCCUGUGGAAAACUGGGCCUUACUCUUAAGAAGAAGAAUAAGAAGGUCCUGAUGGUGGCCACUGAUGUCUAUAGACCUGCUGCAAUCGAUCAGCUUAUUACACUUGGCAGACAGGUGGACAUCCCCGUGUUUGAAAUGGGAACGAAAUCGAAUCCUGUGGACAUUGCUCGGAAGGGGUUUGAGGAAGGCAAGAAAAGGGGAGUGGAUGCUAUAAUUAUUGACACCGCAGGCCGUCUUCAGAUUGACCGAGACAUGAUGAAUGAGCUCAAGAACAUGAAGAGUGCAGUGAAACCACAUGAAAUACUUCUAGUAGUUGAUGCCAUGACAGGGCAAGAGGCUGCAGCUUUGGUUGCGUCAUUUAAUCAAGAGGUAGGAAUCACUGGGGCAAUCUUGACGAAAAUCGACGGAGACUCACGAGGUGGUGCUGCCCUAAGUGUGAAAGAGGUGUCGGGUAAACCGAUCAAGUUUGUUGGUGAAGGAGAGGGUAUGGUUCCUCUGGAACCGUUCUACCCGGACCGUAUGGCUUCCCGCAUACUGGGGAUGGGAGAUGUGCUCACACUGGUUGAGAAGGCUCAGGAAGUGGUCAGUAAGUCUGCCUGGCACAGGCUGAUCUUGAACUCCUGUUAGACUGCCCCGAUGUUUUACCCUUGUCACACUUGUGGCUCUGAAGGCGCCGGAUCCUGCCCAUGUUGAAUGUGGUGGUGUUUGUGACUGUGCUCCAUGCCUCUCUCUCUCUCUCUCUCUCUCUCUCUCUCUCUCUCUCUCUCUCUCUCUCUCUCUCUCUCUCUCUCUGUGUGUGUGUGUGUGUGUUACAUGCACAGAUAUGCAAUGUACGUAAUAACCAAGGAUCUGCAAUGUGAUAAAAAGGACGGAAUGGA